UUCUUAUUUACUAAUUUAUAGAACCACAAAUAUUCAGUGCAACGAGAAUGCCAUUUCCGGUGGUUCUAUAAAUUUAGCAAAUAAUUCCAAAUGUGUAAACCAUAAUAUCAUUUUCAAUCACCACUUUUAUUUACCAAAUCAGAUCACAUUUAUUUUCCGUAAUUAACUUAUUGUAGGAUGUCUAAAUAUGGUCAUUCUAUCAUCAAGCAAUCCUGAUCGAUUCUCUACAAAUUAGAAGGUCCAAGAAACAUAGAGAGAUAGAGAGAGAAAGAGGGAGAGAGAGAUGAAGGCGAUGCGGAAUUCUCUUGCAUACUGUGCGAAGGAGAACAAGCCAUGUGUUGGGUGGGUGGAGAAGUAUUUCAAGGAUUGCCUAUGCAACCUAAGAGACGAGUUUUCUUUCGGGUUUGGGCUGAUAAGUCUGGUGUGUUGGGGAAUAGCGGAAAUCCCACAGAUCGUCACCAAUUUCCGCACAAAGACAAGCCAUGGAGUCUCUCUCUUAUUUCUCCUCACUUGGAUUAUUGGUGACAUUUUCAAUCUAGUGGGUUGUCUUCUUGAGCCUGCAACGUUGCCGACUCAGUAUUACACGGCUCUGCUUUACACAACAAGUACUGUGGUGCUAGUUUUGCAAAGCCUUUAUUACGAUCACGUAUAUUCCUGGUGGAAGUGCAAACAAAUUGAGCAAACUCAAGCGGUUGAAGAAGAGAAAAAACUACUGAUGUCGCCUAAGCAAGCAGUUGAUUCAAGCAUUCCAAUACCGGGUGGCACCCCCAUGGUGUUGGAAUUUUACUACACGUCGGCAAGAUCUUUGGCUCGAAGCAGCACUCCACCAGCUUGGUCCUACCUAAGCCACGCUAGAAGUGGUCCAUCGACUAUGGUACUCGACGGUGACUCAUCAUCGGAGGAUGAGCCUAUUCAAGUCUCAUCCAAGAAAUCUCGGAGCAAGCCUCAGCCAAUUCCACGUUCGGCCGGCGCUGCAACAUUCUUGGCUACAACAAUAAGUCUACCCCAAGGAAGCAAGGCCUUUAUACAAGUAUACACAGGGUUAACUGGGAGGAGACUCUUAAAUGAUUGGAUUUCCCAGGAACAAAGCACAGAGGACAAUGUAUAUGGCCAAUGGUUAGGAUGGAUGAUGGCUGCUAUAUAUAUGGGAGGCCGAAUCCCUCAAAUCGUCUUAAAUAUUAAAAGAGGGAGCGUAGAGGGGUUGAAUCCACUAAUGUUCAUCUUUGCACUAGUUGCCAAUGCCACCUAUGUGGGAAGUAUUGUCAUGAGAACAACUGAGUGGGACAAAACUAAAGCCAAUUUGCCUUGGUUGCUAGAUGCUGUUGUUUGUGUGGUGCUAGACUUAUUUAUUAUAUUGCAGUAUAUCUACUACAGAUACGUUCGGAAUAAGAUCACAAGUGGAGCAGAAGACUAUGUGGAAGCAAGUAAAGGUCCUUAAUUUGUGUCGACAAGUUAUGCGACAUUAGAUGUGGCAGAAGAGUGAAAGCAAGUAAAGGUACUUAAUUUGUGUUGAAAAGUUAUGCGACGUUAGAAGUGGAUCCACCCCUCAAGCCAAUAUUGUUUGUUCAACGUGAAAUUGCAUUUUGUAUUGACCAUUUUUAACCUCAAUUGAAGCAAUAGAAGGGGCACUUGAGCUAUAACCGUGUCAUAUUUGUCUUAAAGACGAAAAACUUUUCUCAUUCUCCGUGUUACUUUUUGCUGUUGGGGCUAUUUUAGGCGGGCUUUUUGGAUGGUUGUCACUUUCAAGUGGUAUGUGCAGGCCGUAUCGCUUUGUAGUUAGCUCUUAGAGUAAUUAGUGGCAUAGAAUUAGCGGGGCAGAUUGAGUGUCGAUUGGGAUGCGUUUUGUUCGUUAUGAUGCCUAAUCUUCCUAUCCUUUUAAUCGUUGUAAUCUUACUUCUUGUAUAUUUAUUGUGGUUAAUAAAAUUUUAUUUGCCGUUCAAAAAAA